UGUGUGUGUGUGUGUGUGUCAGGCUCAGACAGAGGAAUCCAGAUGAUGACCUAGUUCCUGUGGUGAUGAGAGACACCAUUAGCUUCCUUUCAGAGCAAGGUUUGGAGAUUGAAGGCAUCUUCAGACGAUCUGCCAACGUGACUCUGGUGAAGGAGGUCCAGCUCAGAUACAAUUCGGGUGAGACGGUGAAUUUCAGAGAGAUAGAAGACGUCCACUUGGCUGCUGUGAUUCUGAAGACAUUCCUGAGGGAACUACCGGAGCCUCUGCUGACCUUCCAGCUCUACAACGACAUUGUCAACUUCACCUCUGUAUCCAGUGACAGCCAGGGGGAAAUUAUGAAGGCACUGGUAGAGUCGCUGCCAGAAGAAAACUAUGCAUCACUGCGAUACCUCGUCACAUUCCUGGCACAGGUAUCAGCCAACAGUGAAGUGAAUAAGAUGACCAACAGUAACCUGGCUGUGGUGUUUGGUCCUAAUCUGCUCUGGGGGCGGGACAACGCCAUGUCACUCAGCGCCAUCGGGCCAAUCAACAACUUCACCAGAGCCCUGCUGGACCAGCAGCAUCUGGUCUUUACCUAAACCCUACCCCUUCAUCCUGCAGUCUCUCUUCCAGAUUAUGAUCCCAAACUUAAAGAGAGGAGAGAUGAAGAGAAUGGAGGUGUGAAAGUCUCAGGUUAAAUUACAAAUGGUGAACUUGGUACCAAAUGUUGUGGACAAUCUUUAAAUGCUGUAACUAUAGUAACCAGGAGAAACCGAGCUGUGUGAUUCCACCAGCAGGUCAUUAAUUGUUAGAACCCAAACACAGCUGUGCAUGUGGAUGAAAUGAGUGCUGGACCUGGACCUGGACCUGGACCUGGACCUGGACCUGGACCUGGACUGAUUUCAGACUGAGGAGCUCUGUAAUAUACUGUACUAUAUCCUAAUAGUGACUGAUAUUUAUGAUUCUUUAUGGCUCUCUCAUUACUAAAGGCCUAUUUGACUUUAACAUUGUAUUAAUAAUAUAAUCUCUGUAUUUCCACACUUUUUCCCAUCACAUUAUAAUUGUCUUAAGCACUUUUUUACACCAUUUUUUUUUUAAUGGUAUGGGAUAAUAAUAUUUAGUAAUACAAAAACAGAAGUACUAAGACACAAGCCGUUCAGCACGUCAUUACCAGGAGUUUUUAAAUAGUGUGCAGGGCUUUUAUUUACCUUAAUGGCAGAGAGAACCAGGUCUUUAUUUUGAAUUUAAUGCAACACUUCCUCCAUGUUUUCCUGCAGGUCUUUUAAUCUGUCACAAUUACUGGUAAAGAAAACUUGGACUUGUGUUAUGAAAUAGUGUGCAGCUAAUCAACUCUUCAUUUUCCUGCCAACAGAUACACGUUUAAUCAAUGUUUGAGCAGGAGAGGAAUGUGUUUGUCAGUGCAGAGCAACACACAAACAAGUAAUGACUUGUUCAGGACGUGAAACAAAGUUUAAGACUUUGACUUGACUUCGGACUUGUCAGUUUCGACUUAACUAAAACCUCAAAGUCAAGACUUGGGACUAUUUACUGCACAAGUGUGUGUAAAUGUAGCUUAAGGUAGUGGUUCCUAACUCUCCAGCUGGGACCCUGCACGGUGUCUAACCAUCACUGCUAUCCAAAAUUGUGUUUAUUGUUUCAGGCUUAUCUCAAAUCUCAGAUAAACCACCUUUGAUGAGGGUUCAUCUGGUUAUUUUAAGGGGCCAAAAGGGGUUGGGAACUAGUGGCUUAUGGUACAGUCGUGAUACACAGGACAGCUGUCUGAGCACCUAGUAGGCCAGUGCUGGUGGAAGGUCCGACCCAAUUUAGGUACAUCAUCAGUCCACACUAACAGCAGCCUAGGGUUUAAGUUUGGCUAAAAGAGUAGAGCUGUGUAAAUAGAAUCAGCUCAGUUUCCUGCAUUUUCCAACAUGUCGGACUGUUCUUUUAUUAUAAUUAAUCUUGUAUUUCUGCAGUUAUCAUUGUCUGUACUCUGUGGUGCAUCCUCAAGCUUUAUUUUGGUCUUUCGUUCAGUUCCCAAAGCCUUAAUUUAAAGAACCUUUUUCUCAUUUUCUGCCAUCUGAUCUGUCUCGGCUCAUCUAAAGCAUUCUAUGAAAAAUGAAAAAAAAAAUACUUUGCAGCUCAGUGUGCUUUUGACCUAUAGUUGUUAACAGGUAUGAUAUGUUAUACUGUACGUGACUUUGGUUGGAAGUCACAGGAACAAAACCGAGUUAGCUGUUUGACCUUUGUGACCAUUAUCAGUUGUGUCUCUCUCUUCCUGUAGUCGUGCAGUUUAUGUAAAAGACUCCUGGCCAAACUGUGCUAUUGAAUCUUUUAUUUUUGUAAAUGGCCAAAAUACUAGCAGUAGUUAAAUAUUAGUGUACUUAGUAUGAUGUGACUGAAAAGCACCAAAAGAUCAGUGAUUUUAGUUUGACUGAAGCUGAAAGCAAGAAAAAAAAAU